AUGGUGCCGACAGACACAGAAUUUGAGCAAGCGCUCACGCGACCACGGCAGGUCGUGCAGGCCUUGCAUGCGUCCCAUUCAUCGUCGUCCACUUUCCUUCCAGCCUUGGAGGUUCAUUUCCGAGACAUCGUACAGGAUCGUGCACACUUGGAGCGGAUUCCUUUUCUCGACUCAUCGACCUUGCCCCAGCUCCUAGCUUUAGCGCAGACCCCGAACGGUCGCGAGGCUGGUGUGCUUGUACGUUGGCAAUGUAUGGUCCAAGAUACCGGUUUAGGCAAUGAAUUGUGCCUCUCCUCCCUGCAUGUAGACGGGAAGGAAGUGUCUGGUUUCUAUGGCUGUGAUGCCUGCUACGAUGCUGCGGCUCAAGAACGGGCUGCCAUGGACCCACGUCGCUUGGGCGAACGUGCCGUGCUAUGUGGUGUAUCUGUCCCUGGUGAAACGACAUGGGCACGUUCUUUGACAGCAGGCGAUGCCCACGUCCUGUCAUCUGCAUUGGAUGAGAUGUCGCUCUCGCUGCAAAAACUCAAACGUGCACCGCUGGCGGAACAACCAAGCAUCACCGCCCUGAUCAAAAUGUAUGGGCUUGACCAAGCCGAGCAAAUUAAGACGACAGAUGUCAUUGAUGUGGUCGGUCUUCUCGAUACAGGGACGCUCCCCAAUGCAGACUGGCAGUGGACCGAGAACGAUCAGGUUGAGGUACCGAUUCUGCCCUGCAUUCAUGCCCUGUAUGUCGAUCGGCAGCCGGCCUGGGGCCUGGUUGAAAAGCUUCAUGCAAAAAGUGCUUUGCACACUUCGCCCUUCAGCGAUCAUGCUGAGAUGCGGCAGGCCCUUUUGUCCUAUCUGGCCAGCGCACUAGGUGGCGAUCGAUUGGCGGCUGAGUAUGUCCUGUUAGCUCUCCUGGCCAAAGUGCAUAUUCGCCGUGCAGGCGUUACGGCUGGAUCGCUGAGUGUGAACUUGAUCGGCAUGGACGAGCAUGCGCUGGACGCUGUCUUGCAUGAAAUUGUACCGGCUGUUGUUACACAGUCGCUGCAGCUGGAGCACCUGAACGAUCCGCAGCAAGCGCUGUUUGUGCGUAGCACGGACCACGGCAUCCAGGCAGGCCGUCUGCAAUUGCCGCCAGGCACUUGUGUGUUGGUCGACGAGACAUCAAUGGGCGAAGGCGAGCUAAAAGAUCAUGGUGUGCGCAAUAUCAAGGCACUUGUCUCUGUGCUGCAACAACGUACACUUCCCUAUGUUUUCCCCUACUCGGAGCUGGACAUGGAUACGGACCUGAACAUGCUUGUGCUUAGUGCGGGCAAAUCGUUUUUGCCAGUGGAUGUGCAUGUGCCUGUCCAGAGGACGGACGCGAUCCAGCAGCCCAACGUAGCCCAAGAUCGUCUGCAUGCCUGGCGCACAUUCCUUGCUCGUACACGUCAUGUUCAGCUGGACAUUCCUGAUGCCGUCUCAGAGCAUAUCCAGAACGACUUUGUGGAGCGCCGUAAAGUCUCUCGAUCGUUUUCGCAGGACGACUUGCAGCGAUGCCUCUCCACAGCGCGGCUCCUAGCCCUGUCUCAUGGCCAUUCGGCACUCACGCCGGACGUCUGGGCCGAUGCCAUUGCGCUAGAUGAAGCGCGUGCGACUCGCGUCCCUCCUCGCGCUACGCCGUAG